GUCUCCUUCCCUCAGACCUCAUCUCUCUGUUAGCUACCAGACCCAGAAGACGUGUAGACCAGCAGCCCAAUGGAGCAGACAGUGGUGCUGAUCACAGGAUGCUCCUCGGGGAUAGGCCUCAGUCUGGCCGUCCGGCUGGCCUCGGAUCCAGCGAAAAUGUACAAAGUCUAUGCCACCAUGAGGAAUCUUGCCAAAAAGGAGCGUCUGCUGGACUGUGUGAAGGGCCUGCACAAGGACACCCUGGACAUCCUCCAGAUGGACAUCACUGACCAGCGGUCCAUUCUGGAUGCCAGGGACAGGGUCAGGGAGAAGAGGGUGAACAUUCUGGUGUGUAAUGCUGGUGUGGGGUUGAUGGGGCCGCUGGAAGCCCAGUCCCUGGCCACCAUGAGGCAGAUCUUGGAGGUCAACCUCCUGGGCACCAUCAGCACCAUCCAGGCCUUCCUACCAGGGAUGAAGGCCCAGGGCCAUGGACGUAUCCUGGUCACUGGCAGCAUCGGUGGGCUACAGGGACUCCCCUUUAAUGAGGUGUACUGUGCCAGUAAGUUUGCAGUAGAGGGCGCCUGUGAGAGUCUGGCCAUUCUCCUGCAGCACUUCAACAUCCAUGUGAGUCUUAUUGAGUGCGGCCCUGUCAACACGGAUUUCCUGGACAACCUGCAGAGGGCAGAGCCAGGGGACACUUCGCUGCAGCAGGUCGACGCCCACACACGCAGCCUCUAUGACACGUACCUGCAACACUGUGGGAUUCUGUUCCAGAACGCAGCUCAGGACACAGAGGAUAUUGUGAAGGUAUUUCUGGAUGCCAUCCAGUCAUCGAACCCUGCAUUCAGAUACUACACCAACAAUGCCCUCAUUCCGCUCAGCAGCCCUAAGAUCUCAGCACUGGACGGGUCCCAGUACAUCAGAAAUAUGAGCAAGAUCAUCUUCUCAACCAAUGGGAAAGGGGAACAAAAAUAGCCAUCAAACUAUGGAAUGUAAUAUAACCCUUUACUUUAUACAUACAGUACCAGUCAACAUUUUUAGAACACCUACUCAUUCAAGGGUUUUUCUUUAUUUUUUUACUAUUUUCUACAUUGUAUAAUUAUAGUGAAAACAUCAAAACUAUGAAAUGACACAUGUGGAAUCAUUUUUGAAACCAAAAAGGUGUUAAACAAAUCAAAAUAUACUUUAUAUUUGAGAUUCUUCAAAGUAGCCACCCUUUGCCUUGAUGACAGCUUUGCACACUCUUGGCAUUCUCUCAACCAGCUUCAUGAGGAAUGCUUUUCCAACAGUCUUGAAGGAGUUGUGCUGAGCACUUUUUGGCUGCUUUUCCUUCACUCUGUUGUCCAACUCAUCCCAAACCAUCUCAAUUGGGUUGAGGUCGGGUGAUUGUGGAGGCCAAGUCAUUUGAUGCAGCACUCCAUCACUCAACUUGGUCAAAUAGUCCUUACACAGCCUGGUGGUGUGUUGGGUCAUAGUUCUGUUGAAAAACAGAUGAUAGUCUCAGUAAGCCCAAACCAGAUGGGAUGGCGUAUCGUUGCAGAUUGCUGUUGUAGCCAUGCUGGUUAAGUAUGCCUUGAAUUCUAAAUUAAUCACUGACAGUGUCACCAGCAAAGCACCCCAACACCAUCACACCUCCUCCUCCAUGUUUCACGGUGGGAACCACACAUGCGGAGAUCAUCCGUUCACCUACUCUGCCUCUCACAAAGACAUGGAGGUUGGAACCAAAAAUCGCAAAUUUGGACUCAUCAGACCAAAAGACAGAUUUCCACCAGUCUAAUGUCCAUUGCUCGUGGUUCUUGGCACAAGCAAGUCUCUUCUUAUUAUUGGUGUCCUUUAGCAGUGGUUUCUUUGCAGCAAUUUGACCAUGAAGGCCUGAUUCACCUCUGAACAGUUGAUGUUGAGAUGUGUCUGUUACUUGAACUCUGUGAAGCAUUUAUUUGGCCUGCAAUUCUGAGACUGGUAACUCUAAUGAAUUUAUCCUCUGCAGCAGAGGUAACUCUGGGUUUUCCUUUCCUGUGGCGGUCUUCAUGAAAGCCAGUUUCAUAAUAGCGCUUUUGCGAUUGCACUUGAAGAAACUUUCAAAGUUCUUGAAAUUUUCCGCAUUGACUGACCUUCAUGUCUUAAAGUAAUGAUGGAUUGUCAUUUCUCUUUGCUUAUUUGAGCUGUUCUUGCCAUAAUAUGGACUUGGUCUUUUACAAAAUAGGACUAUCUUCUGUAUACCACCCCUAACUUGUCACAACACAACUGAUUGGCUCAAACGCAAUAAGAAGGAAAGAAAUUCCACAAAUUAACUUUUAACAAGGCACACCUGUCAAUUGAUGUGUAUUCCAGGUGACUACCUCAUUAAGCUGGUUGAGAGAAUGCCAAGAGUGUGAAAAGCUGUCAUCAAGGCAAAGGGUGGCUACUUUGAAGAAUCUCAAAUAUAAAAUAUAUUUAGAUUUGGUUAACACUUUUUUUGUUACUACAUGAUUCCAUAUGUGUUAUUUCAUAGUUUGAUCUCUUCACUAUUAUUCUACAAUGUAGAAAAUACAAAAAAAAUAAAGAAAAACCCUUGAAUGAGUUGGUGUGUCAAACUUUGGACUGUACAUAGGCUGUAUAUAGGCUAUACACAUGAUUUGCAUUGGAGCCACACACAAGGACAUCAUUUCAGCAAACAACAUAGAUAGCCGAAAUCGUCUUCUUUACACACAGUGUUCAACCACCAACUUCGAGGUGGAGGUUUUGCUAUCAUGUCACAACUUUCUUAUACAUUUGAAGAGUUUAUUUCCAAAACUCUAUAUCCACCAAUCAGAAAUGAUAAUGGGUACCUUCAUGUGUGUGUAAGAUAUUGCUGUUCUUAGAUUUUAUUGUAUGUGUAUGAAAAUGCGUAUUUUUUUGCAAAUCUCGAUAUAUCCAUUGUUUAGCGUGGAAUUAAAUGAUUGUAUCCUGUAUAUUGGACUGUGAUGUGUGGUUGUCUCACCUAGCCAUCUUAAGAUGAAUGCACUUUUACUGUAAGUCGCCCUGGAUAAGAGCAUCUGCUAAAUUAUUAAAAUGUAAAAUAUGUACAUCUUAUAUUACUGUAUUGAAUGCUUUUUAAAAUAUAUUUUUUAAAUAUUGAUGUCACAAAUGUAUCAUUCAUACAGUUCUUUAUUAAAAAUGUAGUUAUUUUU